GCGGUUAUUGCGGAGCGGACACCAAUUCGUUCGGCUAACUAACAGCGCUGCGCUGUACCCUGCUCGUCCUCCACUGCUGCCUACUGACUCCGCCUGCAGUGAAAGAACAGCACGAGAAACACCAAAGACCAUUUCAGGUGGCCGGUGUUAGUUGGUUGACCAAAAAGCAUAUCCAGCACUAAGCAAUGAAAAUUUUAAAGGAAAAACUAUCAACGUGGUGUUCUGUCACCAACAAUUGGACAGGAAGACAGAUGGCCAAGUAUGGUUUCAGCACAACACUAAGUACGUUGGUGUUUGGCGUUGCAUGCUGUGGUACACUCUGGUAUGAGCAGGGACUGUUGGUGACGCUGGGGGCCUUCCUAUCAAUCGGUGCGUUGUGGUACCGCCACUGUGCCUCGGUGCAGCUGCUGAAAUCACCACGGCUCGACGAACAGCUAGUCAGACUGCGUGGGUGGUUGGGUGGACUGCGAAACAACCGGCCGUAUGGCUAUGCGGUGGUGCUGGCUGCCGCCGCUCUGCCACCGGUCAUUCUGUUUUGCGUUCUCUCCUGGUGGAUGCUGCUGGCGACUCUGGUGGCUGUGUAUUGCCUACUCAAAUGGACUUACGGCUUAAAGAUUGUGUUUAAUCAUGGCAUCGUAGGUAUCGCACAGGAACAACAGUUUGAGCUAGAUGUGCAAGAAUUCAUGCCGGAAAUAAACGAGCUCAGUCAAACGCUACUUCAGGCAGUUGGCGAGUGUGGCGACAUUCCAUUGCACAUAGAACGGUGUAGUGAGCGGGCAGCAUCAACAUACUCCAAUAGCUAUACUGCGACACACAAGGUCGACCAGAUAGAUGAAGAGGAGGAGGAUGAGCGGUACAUUAGCAUGCUAUUACCGGACGCCGAGAACAGUCGAGAGCUGGACACGGCGGAGCAAACUGACUCCAGUAGCGACGAAUUGCUACUGGAUGAGACGGAAGGCGAAGGAAAACAACAGUCCCGGGUUCCGGGUAACACGCCGCUUAUGGAAUUCAAGAUAAGCCAUUUCAACGCGAACAGCUCGUCCUCGGACUCGGACGAGAGCCGGGGGAUUGCCUUAGAAGGCAACCCUAGUGUGUCGGUUGGCCGAUUUCGUAACACCAAGAACCUUGACCAAUACUCUGAUAAAUCCAACAGCAACGCUUUUCUCGUAGGUGCCAUGGUUCAAUGCUUGAUGGAUGUUGCUGCAGUACGGCAUCAGGUACCGACAGCGGCGGUAGCAUCCGCGAUUUCUGCCCCCAGCAAUAACGGCAACCAUGGUUCAUCCUCAGUUUCCUUCAGUUUGCCAUUCAGCAGCUCUAACAUCUACGAUAUGCUUGGCGGGACGGCCCCAUCGUUAGGAUUACAGUCGGUUGCCACGCAACCGACAGAUGACCUAACGACGGAUGACGAUAAGGAUAGUGAUUUCGAAAUAUUAAAUUCGGAGGAACUAAGUAACUUGUGAAUGCAUUUGAUUAAUGAACUUCUUCACUCUUUCUUUCUUGCUGUUAAUGGUUUUCAAAACACCCUCGAACUUCACUUUUUCACUGUAUUUAGUUCUUACAGAGAAUUUCAUUCAAUCCCUCAACCAUGAAGAAGAUACAGUCAGACUCGUCAUCCAGAUUGAAGCCAACAUCCGAUAUGAAGCUUUACGUAGUCGGCCCCAAUCCUUCGUUAUGUUUAGUAUUAAACUAAACAUUUAAUAUACUAUUAAAGUAUAUUUAAAAAUGUUCGCCGUCAGGCUAGACACAGUAUCUUAAAACUAAGGAAGAUACAAUAAAAUAGUGGGGGCUUAGAGUGGCACAGAGAUAGCACAGAGAGGUGGAAAAUAAAAUAAGAAUGCAAAACAAACUACAACCCAGAAUGGAAAAAUCCCGCAACUCAAAUUAGACCGAUGAAGAGAAGUUGAGAGCGGUGGAGAAGGCGAAACGGAAAGCAGAGAAAGAGAGAGCUCCAAAGACCACAGUGCGAGUAACUCACAAUGGGCAGGGUAGGCCAUAGUGGAGGCAUUUGGACCCCCCCCCCCCCCCCACCCGGCGCUACAGGACCAUACGCGUAAAACUCCGUUGGAUAUGGUCUAUCUUAGAGAUAAGAGUGACACUAAACGGGUUCCACACGAUACAUGCGUAUUCCAAGGUUGGUCUCACGAGCGCACAAUAGAGACACCUACGGCAGUCGGGAUUGUUGAAGUCUCGGGAAACCGCCAUAAUCAGCCCCAAGGUCUUGAAGGCCUUUACCACAGCUGAUUGUAUAUGUUCCCGGAACGUUAAGCAACAAUCAAGCGUCACCCCAAGGUCCCUGACGGAGGAGACGCGAGACAAAGAAACGGAGGUAAUUAAAAGAAUUCACACGAGAGCGAGGGAAAGAGAUUACAGAACACUUAUCAAGACAUAGAAGGAGGAAGUUGGCUGAACACCAAAAGGAAAUAGAAUCUAGGGUUUCUUGCAGUGCAAUACAAUCGUCGAUGCUGUAGAUGGGGGAAUAGAUUUUUAGGUCAUCAGUAUAAAGCAGAUGGCCCUCAUGGGGAAGGAUGUUGCACAUAUCAUUCACGAACGGAAUAAAUAAGAGAGGGAAAAGAAUACUACCUUUGGGGGACGCCUGAAGUACAGAAGACAUCCUCCGAAAGGGAACCCUCACUCUGCAUGAGCGACCAGAGAGGUAGGACUCAAGCCAUGCAACUAUGUUGGGUGACACCCUAAGCUUGCCGAGUUUUACAAUCAAAAGAGCAUGCGCAGCACGGUCGAUAGCAGCUUUGAAGUCUGUGUAGAUGGCAUCCGUCUGAAUGUCGCAGUCUAGCUUUGCCCUGUAGGUCACAUCAUUUGCCCUCUUGUUGCAUAUCACCCUUAUUUAAGUAGACUUUUAUACAUUUCUGAUAUACUUUUUAAGUUUUCUUGUGAUAAUUGUCCAAUAGAAAUCAAUGGAACGAAAAUCCAGUCAUUUUGGUGGAUUGAUAGCUUUCCCUAUGAAAUCGAUCUAUUUGAAUACAAAACAUAAACGCCUUAGCUUUGGUAAGAACAGCUACCUAAAUCAUGCCAAACUUACACUGGAUCAUUGGUGGACAAAUGAAGAAUAAAACCCUUUGCUGUAGACACUCUUUUCUUGCACAAAUUUCGAAUGAAUGUUCCCCCAAUGGUGAAAACAUUGGAUUUGUCGCCACAAUGUCAAAUCGCAUGCCCAAUCAUCAUUUUAUGGGAAAAUUCAUCUCCGUAAAUAAAUCAAACCCUUUCUAAAACACUCCCUCUGUUAUUAGCAAAGUAAUUUUUUUGCACGGUAUUUUUCGAAACGCAUUUUUACGUGUGUUCCAUCGUCCAUCCAAAUGCAUGUCCACCAAACAAACAAGUGUUGCAAACACUUGUUCAUACAGCUUCCCUGCACGGGCUUGAGCAAU